ACAGAGCAUAUUGCUUGCUGCAGAGAUUCCUUGUGAAAUAAAGAAGUGUUGUAGAUGGAGAAAGCCUAGAAGAAAUCAAGGCUGGGUGGUGGAUGACCUCAUCUUCCUUUGGGGAUGAAGAGGGCACAUGUGACACUAUCUUAUUGAUGCUGUCCAGAAAAUUCCUGACUGAUUACAUUUCUGGAAGAGAUUGAAGCUACAGUUAGGUAUAGACACGUGCAGCGGCUGUCUACACUGUAGGAGCCCAGUUCCACUGGCUCUGGACAUUCUUGGGGGUUUACAAUGCCUCCACCUGCGGACAUCGUCAAGGUGGCCAUAGAAUGGCCGGGAGCCUACCCUAAACUCAUGGAAAUAGAUCAGAAAAAACCACUGUCUGCAAUAAUAAAGGAAGUCUGUGAUGGGUGGUCCCUUACCAACCAUGAAUACUUUGCACUGCAGCAUGCUGAUAGCUCAAACUUCUAUAUCACGGAAAAGAAUCGCAAUGAAAUAAAGAAUGGCACUAUCCUUCGAUUAACCACAUCUCCGGCUCAAAAUGCCCAGCAGCUCCAUGAGCGAAUCCAGUCAUCAAGUAUGGACGCCAAGCUGGAAGCCCUGAAGGACUUGGCCAGCCUCUCCCGGGAUGUCACGUUUGCCCAGGAGUUUAUAAAUCUGGACGGCAUCUCUCUCCUCACGCAGAUGGUGGAAAGUGGCACUGAACGAUACCAGAAAUUGCAGAAGAUCAUGAAGCCUUGCUUUGGAGACAUGCUCUCUUUCACCCUGACGGCCUUUGUGGAGCUGAUGGACCACGGAAUAGUGUCCUGGGAUACAUUUUCAGUGGCAUUCAUUAAAAAGAUAGCAAGUUUUGUCAAUAAGUCAGCCAUAGACAUCUCAAUCCUGCAGCGGUCCUUGGCCAUUUUGGAAUCGAUGGUGCUCAAUAGCCAUGACCUCUACCAGAAGGUGGCGCAGGAGAUCACCAUUGGCCAGCUCAUACCACACCUUCAAGGGACAGAUCAAGAAAUCCAAACCUAUACCAUUGCAGUAAUUAAUGCACUUUUCCUGAAGGCCCCUGAUGAGAGGAGGCAGGUCGGCGUAGACAGCAGUGUUGACAUCCUUGAUUGUCCUCUGACUGAGAUGGCGAAUAUCUUGGCUCAGAAGCAACUGCGCUCCAUCAUUUUAACACAUGUCAUCCGAGCUCAGCGGGCCAUCAACAAUGAGAUGGCCCACCAGCUGUAUGUGCUGCAGGUACUUACCUUCAACCUCCUGGAAGACAGGAUGAUGACCAAGAUGGACCCCCAGGACCAGGCUCAGAGAGACAUCAUAUUUGAACUUCGAAGAAUUGCUUUUGAUGCAGAGUCUGAACCUAAUAACAGCAGUGGCAGCAUGGAGAAACGCAAGUCCAUGUAUACACGGGAUUAUAAAAAACUUGGCUUCAUCAAUCAUGUCAAUCCUGCCAUGGACUUUACCCAGACUCCACCUGGAAUGUUAGCCCUGGACAAUAUGCUGUACUUUGCCAAGCACCACCAGGAUGCCUACAUCCGGAUUGUGCUUGAGAACAGUAGCCGAGAAGAUAAGCAUGAAUGUCCCUUUGGCCGCAGUAGUAUAGAGCUGACCAAGAUGCUGUGUGAGAUCUUGAAAGUGGGCGAGCUGCCUAGUGAGACCUGCAACGACUUCCACCCAAUGUUCUUCACCCAUGAUAGAUCCUUUGAGGAGUUUUUCUGCAUCUGUAUCCAGCUCCUAAACAAGACAUGGAAGGAAAUGAGGGCCACUUCAGAAGACUUCAACAAGGUAAUGCAGGUGGUGAAGGAGCAGGUUAUGAGAGCUCUUACAACCAAGCCUAGCUCCCUGGACCAGUUCAAGUGCAAACUGCAGAACCUGAGCUACACUGAGAUCCUGAAAAUUCGCCAGUCUGAGAGGAUGAACCAGGAAGAUUUCCAGUCUCGCCCAAUUUUGGAACUAAAGGAGAAGAUUCAACCAGAAAUCUUGGAGCUGAUCAAACAGCAGCGCCUGAACCGCCUUGUGGAAGGGACCUGCUUUAGAAAACUCAACUGCCGGCGGAGGCAAGACAAGUUUUGGUAUUGUCGGCUUUCACCAAACCACAAAGUCCUGCAUUAUGGUGACUUGGAAGAAAGUCCUCAGGGAGAAGUGCCCCAUGAUUCCUUGCAGGACAAAUUGCCAGUGGCAGAUAUCAAAGCUGUGGUGACGGGAAAGGACUGCCCUCAUAUGAAAGAGAAAGGUGCCCUUAAACAAAACAAGGAGGUGCUUGAACUUGCUUUCUCUAUCUUGUAUGACUCAAACUGCCAGCUGAACUUCAUAGCUCCUGACAAGCAUGAGUACUGUAUCUGGACAGACGGGCUGAAUGCGCUGCUGGGGAAAGACAUGAUGAGUGACCUGACUCAGAAUGAUCUGGAUACCCUGCUCAGCAUGGAGAUCAAGCUCCGCCUCCUCGACCUGGAAAACAUUCAGAUCCCUGAUGCACCUCCACCAAUCCCCAAGGAGCCCAGCAAUUAUGACUUCGUCUAUGACUGUAACUGAAGUGGCCAGGCCCAGAAGCUCCCCCGUCCCAAACUGGAAAAUCUAGCUGACAGGAGAGAAGAAUGGAAACACACCUACACCUUGGAAUCCUCUGUGGCAAAGCUAUGGGUCAACAUUUUCUUUGGCCUUGCUUCUAGCCCUGGCAUUUCUCUGCCCCUACCUGGCAUCCUGCUUACCUCCCUGAUUCUGUUUCCAGACUCCACUGCUUUAGGUCACUUCCCAUCGCUGCAGGCAUCUGCGGGGAGAAGAGCAAAAUCCACCACCCAAAAGAGAACCAGAAGGCCUUUCCAUCCUCGUCCCCAGCAGACAUGUCCUCCCUUCCUGGAGUGUGAAAGCCAGCAGCACCAGACUAUCCCCCAGAACCUGCCAGCAGACCGAGGGCAGUGCCCCAAGGCUUGUGUCUGGAAGAAACAGCCUAGCUACUUGAGAGGACCAAAUACUCCCUUUUGACUCCCUCCUUCCCCUCCUACCCUGCCUAGAGUCAGCUCAUACCACCAGGUCCAUGUGAAUUGAAAUCUGCUUUCAAAUGCCCUCCCUCCACCGUCCUGGCCUUUGCCUUGUCCUGUUCCUCUCUGGCUCCAAAAGCAACAGCAGCCUCAUCCUAGUUCUCGGCAGCACUGGGUCUCCAGACACAGUCCACAGGCCCCGUGCCCGCUUCAUGUCCGCACUGUGACCGUGACCAACCCUCUCCCCUCCCAGCUAGUCUGGAAUUCCUGCCCCAGGCCAGACCUGCCUUCUGCAUUCCCUCCCUCCCUCCCAGCCCCUUAGCGGGAGGCGCUGGAGGUGAAUUGGUGGCCACGCUCCCUUUCUGAUACACUAGACCUAAACGCCCGUGUACCAGGCGCUUGCUCCUAAGGGUUUGGGGUCACCUUCUGGGGGCUUGGCCACAGCACGGGUUCCAUGGGGCGAUCAAGCUGUCAGACGUCCACGUUUACAUCACUGUUGUUAUUACAGGUGUUGACAGUUUGCAAAGGUUUGGGGUUGUCGUCGUUGGUUUGUCAUCAGGUUUUAUUUUCUUGCUUUGUUUUUGUACAAAAGAGUCUAACAUUUUUUGCCAAACAGAUAUAUAUUUAAUGAAAAGAAGAGAUACAUAAAUGUGUGUACUUUCAAGGUUUUUGUUUUUAAUUAUUUUAAUCCUGAACAUCUUCCUGAGAAUAACAUUCCCUUCAACAUGCUGUGGAAUAAAGUUACUUGUGAUGAGUUG